AUUCUGUCACUAAAGUAUUAUCUCUUUUGAUUUGAUUUCUUUUUUUUUUCUUUUUUUUGAUUUGACACCAGUCUCCUCGUGUUCUCAGUAUACAAAGUGUCAGGCACAGUGUGAACUCAAUGUGAGAGUGGCAACAUUUUUUUCAAUGCUUGACGGUAUCUGGGAUUUGAUAUUCAUAAGUAAGUGUAGUGCGUUUGGAAUAAUGAGUUCUGAUAGUAUUCCAUCCAAAUCGGAGGUUUUGAGCUGGGAUUCGCAACGGUUAGCAGACUUUCUGAAGAAAAGGAAUCUAACUGGGUGUGAUAAGGUCGUGACACGGUGUAACAUCAAUGGCCAAAGGUUCCUGAGUAUGUCUGACAAUGACCUUCAAAAGUUCCCUAAGCUUCAUGCGCCGCUUAUCUCCAAAAUUUGUCAGGAAAUCAACAAAGAGAAGAAUUGGAGAUUCUUUCCACCGAUUCCAACAAUAAGGCCAUCACCAGUUCCCAGCUACCCACAACCACCAGUUGAGCAGCAUGAGGAUCAAGCGUGGGACUCUGAAGAGUUUGAGAGUGAUGAUGACUAUGAGAAUCCGGAUUCGAAUGAUGAGGGUGAAGCUAGCGGUGGAGACUAUGAGUCCCCAGAGGAGGGGUCAGACAGUGACAACAGCUAUGAGCCUCCACCAACCGAGCCUAAUGAAGACACAGCCCAGAUCUGUCCCGCAAAACCCAUGGAAAACAGUGAUUAUAUUGAUAAUAACCGCACACGUGGAGUGGGCAGAAGUCAACCGCCUGUCCCUCCAGAGCGCCCAGGCCCUGGACCCGCUCUCCCUCCUGUGGAGCGGCCAAGUGUGAGUCCUUCAUAUUUCCAAACAGUUGGACUGCCUAUGAGAGAAGAGCGGCCCCUAAAAAGAUCCCCAGCACCUGCCGUGGACCGCAGUACAAAGCCAGGAGCUCUGGACAGAAGCCACCCUGCAGCUGUAGCAGGUGGAAGAGGCACAUGCUCGCUUGACAGAGCUGGCCAACCGCCAAGAAGACUCCCUGCAGUGGAGCCACCAGAAGACCCGAUAAGAAUUCCCAAACCCUCGCUUCCUCCAUCAGGGGUGCGCAGAAGUGCCUCCUCUGUUACACCAGGCUACUCUCAAAACAGACAACCUGACUACAGAACGGAGUUUCAUGAUGACACUGCCAGGCACAACUCCAACACAUUUCCACUGCACACCAGGAACCCUUCACCAAGACCGCCAGGAACCCACGGACAGUCCUAUCAAACAGACAAUGUUCACCCCAGUCGAUCACUACCGGCAAAACUGCAGGAGACAAUGAACGAUCACCAAAGAAGUGCAAGAGCACCACCACUACAAGCAGACAUGGGCAGCAAGCAGGACAUGGAUCCAGCUUGGUAUGUGGGUCAGUUCUCCCGCAGUGAGGCAGAGAUCUGCCUGAAAAGAGUUAACAGGGAUGGGACGUUCCUUGUGCGAGACAGUUCAAAUCGAUCUUCUAACCAGCCCUACACACUCGUCGUCCUGUACCAGGAUAAAGUUUACAACAUUCAGAUCCGCAGAAAUCAAGAUGGCUUCAUGCUAGGCACUGGUCUGAAAUCCUAUGAGACUUUCGAGCGGGUCAGCGACAUUAUCAGCCAGCACAAACACAAGCCACUCCUUCUUAUUGAUGCUAAGAACCGAGAAUCAAGCCAACAGAACCAGUGUACUCUGAUUUAUCCAGCUAGAUAUUAAACCUUUAUUCUACACGAGACUAAUUUACAGUAACUAGUUUUGGUUGUUACAUUUCAUUUAGUUUUGUUUUUUUCCCAACUCAAAUCAACACACCAUUCAUAACUGUCAAAAUCUCUCAGGUCUGUAAAAAUAUUACUUUGGUAGUCUGUACAACAUUAUAACGUUUUUGAAUGCAUAUAGCUGCACAUUCCAUAGUACUGAAUACAUAUUAAAUGUUCAUAUUAAAAACAAAAUGAUAAACCAAUACUUUAUCAAUAUUAAGACCAUUUUCGUUAUUUCUCAAACUAAUCUCUUUGUCUCUUUUAUUUGAAUUGUUCCACGAUUUAAAGUGUUUAUUUGUUGUUAUAUUUGUGUGAUCA